AUGGAAGCAUUUUUCAGUCACGACCUAGGUGAACCAUUGGAACCAAAGUUUACUGUUGGAGAAAGCGUUAGGAUCUCAAAGUACAAAUCAGUUUUUGCGAAGGGGUACGAAGCAAACUUUACAGAGGAGUUAUUCACUGUGACGGAAGUGUACCACGGGCACCCAAACACAUACACAAUCAAAGACAGUGCCGGUGAACCAAUAAUUGGUAGGUUCUAUAAACAAGAGCUUUCAAGUGCUGAAGGAAGACAACCUGAUUUCAAGAUAGAGAAAGUCCUAAGAAGAAGGACAGUGAAAGGUAAGAGAAUGGCUUUUGUGAAGUGGUUAGGUUACGGCGACAAGUUUAACAGUUGGAUACCAGCCGGGGACAUUAAGUCCCUAACAUAG